UCGAUGCGCAACUUGCAAGUUUGUUUGUGUUCACUUUGAGUGUGAUCCUGAAAGGAACUGUAGUCCCGUCGCCGUCCCUUUGCAUUGAUUGUAUGAUACAUCGAAGACAUUAGGAACAUUGAUUUGAAAAUGGGGCAUUUGUUACUAAGAGGCAAAUGGAAAGAAGCCACAGCUGUUACAAGCAGUAUUGGCACAUCGGUCUAACACACUGGGAACCUAACCUGCAAUAAGAUCUAGGACUUUGUACAUUUCUGUCAUUGGGCUAACUGGUCAGCCUUAGGUAGACGUUGAUCACCAAAUAUGGCGAGGUUUGAUUACGUUCUAGCUGUCACCAUGGCUAUCUCCUUAAUCUGGGGCAUAGUGUUCCUAGCCAUGGGCACCGUCAUUAAGUUUAACUUCGGCAAACUAGUAAGCGCUCAGCUUGAAGAGCUGGAUACUCUGGACCUGGAGAGCUGCAAAAGUGCCACGGGGCAGAGCAUUUGUCCAGUCACCAAGAAAGUACCCGAGGAUAUUGAUCUAGGAGACUGGGUUCAUCUGAUAGGAACCUUUGUCAUUCUGUCCGGGGUUCUUGUCACCGUCUUCUCGGCCAUCGGCUUUGUGGCAGCUCUGAAACACAGCACACCGUUGAUUGUCUUGUUUAUCGUGAUCUGUCUGGGAGCUACCAGUGUACAGUUUUACUUGGUACAGGUAGCCACUUCAGAAGAAAAUGGAUUCCACAAUUCAGCCAAGACUCAACUCAAACACAAACUAAAUAAUGAAUUCACCAUUGAAGGCACCAAAAGUACCUUCACACUCGUCUUCAACGCAAUACAGAUGACGCUGGGAUGCUGCGGUAUCAACGGCGUAAGAGAUUUCAACAAUUUAACCUUCGUUGAGAAGUUUCCAGACUCAAAGCAGACCAUCAGCACCAAGUCAUUUGCAGUUCCACCGUCUUGUUGUCGAAAGAACCGCUACUUCUGCACAUCUUGCACUGAUGCCAACUACAUAGCACUCACACGCUGUGCCCAGAUGGGAGCCUCUGGCACAGGCACGUCUGCAGUGAGCUCCAAGGGCUGUUACAGAGUCAUGUUUGAACAGGUCUCCGAUAAUUCAGGUCACACGAUCAUGGGCAUACUGCUCUUCAUCAUAGUAUGGGAGAUGCUCCAAAUCGUCUUCGGCAUACUUGUCAAGUUCACGCCUCCAGUUGUGGAGGAGCCCCCGCCACCACCCCCGCCGCCUCCAGAACCUGUCGUCAGCCUACCCAAAAUAGUUGAACCGGAGAUUGAGGAGGAGAAAUUUGUGGCCCACGCCAGGCCUAGCACGUUUGAUCACCCGGACGUCAACCGGAUUAAAUCCACUGAGAUUUGGUAAUUCUUUACCAUCCUGUACAUUUGGGAAGUGGCCAAAACUUGUGUGUCGAUUAAGGAGUUGUCCUCACUCUUCUAGGAUUGUCAUUCCCAUACAGCGAUUACGUCAUCAAUCAAUGAUUGUGUGUUCCAUCGUUCAAUGAUUGUGUGUUCCAUCUACCAUCUUUCAAUGAUUGUGCGUACAGUCUGUCAUCAGUAGUGUAUUAAUCCAAAGUGAGCAAACACAAUCACUCUGGAUCUCUAGAAUGUUACAACUUUUUUUUUGCUGGACAAUGGAUGUCUAGUUUCAAGACUAAUGUUUUGUUUUUUUUUAAGUCCAAAGUUUUUCAGAAAACUAGUUCUGUAAUUGUAAAACAAAAUUACUUUCAUACAUCAAGAAGUCAAUACACUUUGCUUUCAGAAAUAAUUAGUACAUUUAUUACGAUUAAAUUAUGGAUGGAGAAAUUUUGUAUAGGAGAUGCGGGUCUUGUAUGUACAUUUUGUACAGAUAUACUAUUGUACAAUCUUAGCAAUAGUGCAUUCCUUUGAAUGCGUACAGUAAAGUUAUAUUUCUAUACAACUACCACGUAGGCUUCAACGGGUGUACACGUAGAUGUACACAUUUUAGACAAUUUUUUUUACAAAGAAAUCAUUCGAAAGGGGGGUGUUUAAAUGAGUGUGUGUAUGUGUGUGUGCGCCUGUGUGUGAACCCUAAUAGGAACGUUUAUUUAAUGAAGGUAUUAAUAGCAGAUUUUUUAUAAUUAAACAAACUUAGGAAUUAAGUCUUUAAUCUAUAAAUAUAUACAUAUAUAUACAUAUAUAAACAUAUACCAAUAUGAACUUAUACAAAUAUGAACAAAGCGAAAGUGAAAAUGUCUCAAGAAUUACCGGUUAAUAAGACCUUUUAUUUGGUACGCUGUAGUGUGUUCAACUGGGUCACUAGUUUCUCUUUGAAAUAGAAACAUUGAUAGCAGAAAACGUUAUGAAGAGAAUACGUCUUUUUGUGAAUUUCUAUUUUCAAGUCAGAGCUUUUGUUACUGGAUAGUUAUACGAAAAGAAGAAUACAUUGUAAGUAAUAUAUUUUAAACUGACUAAAGAGAGCUAUGAGAGGCCUUUGUGUGAUUUAUGUUUAGUUACUAUGUUGUUACUAUGUAGUUAGCCUGUAGUUGGCGUCUGGUUAAUGUGUACUUACUGUGAAGCUAAUCAGUUGUUAAGUGUUUAGUUACUAUGUUGUAGCUAUGGAGAUGUUCCUGUGCUGUUACUCUGUUUGUUACUGUGUAGCUAUGGAGUUAGUGUGUAGUUACUAUGUUGUUACUGUGUAGCUAAGGAGAUGUUACUGUGCUGUUACUAUGUUUGUUACUGUGUAGCUAUGGAGUUGUUAGUGUGCAGUUAGGAUGUUACUAUGUGGCUAAGGAGUUUUCACUGUGCUGUUACUGUUUAGUUCUAAUGCACUGUAGCUCCUUCGAAGCAUGAUGUAAUUAGUAUUAUAGUUGAACACUAGACACAAGGAAACAAUGAGCCCAUUAAAAAAUGAAGUAUCA